AAAAAAAUGGCUGACAAAAAUCUUACUAUCGUGGAAGAAUUUAUUCUUUUGGGAUUCUCUGAGCUUCAAAACUUCCAAAGUUUUCUCUUUGUUAUUUUUUUAGUCAUCUAUAUAAGUAUCCUGUUAGGGAAUGGUUUCAUCGUUGUAAUCACCAAUAUGGAACGCACUCUCCAAACACCAAUGUAUUACUUCCUUGGAAACUUCUCCUUUGUGGAAAUUUGUUACACAUCAGUAACCCUCCCCAGGAUGCUUAUGAAUCUUUGGAGACAGAAAAGAAAUAUUUCUUUACUGUCAUGUGCCAUACAACUGUGUUUCUUUCUUAUUCUGGGAGUCACAGAGAGCUUCCUACUGGCAGUGAUGGCCUAUGAUCGCUAUGUGGCAAUCUGUAAGCCUCUCUACUAUCCUCUAAUCAUGAACCACAAGAUGUGUGUCCAAAUGGUGAUUGGCUCCUGGGUCACUGGAAUUCCAGUUUUAAUAGGGCAGACAUACCAAGUUUUCUCUGUGCCUUUCUGUGGUUCCAACAAACUCAAUCAUGUUUUCUGUGACAUGCCCCCACUAAUGAAGUUGGCAUGUGGAGACACCUCUGGGGAUGAGUUCUUUAUUUAUAUUGAUUGUUUCUUAUUUGGUUUCAUUCCCUUUCUAUUGAUACUCUUAUCUUACAUCAGAAUCCUCAACACUAUUCUGAAGCUCCCAACAACCACUGGCAGAUCCAAAGCCUUCUCUACUUGCUCAUCUCAUCUUAUAGUCAUAUGCGUAUUCUAUGGUUCUGGUUUCAUCACAUAUCUGCAGUCCAAGUCCAAUUACUCAGAUAAAACAGAGAAGAUCUUCUCUCUAUUCUACACCAUUGUGACACCAGUGUUUAAUCCCAUGAUAUAUAGUCUGAGGAACAAGGACUUCACUGAGGCAGUGAGAAAAAUAUUUUGUAAAUCUCAUUUAGAGUAUGCUGAAAGUUUGCAAAUUUCAAGCUCAAAGCACCCCCUGAAAAUCUUGAAGAACAACUCAAUGCACAAUGAAAGCAGUAACCAGAGCCCAGAGAAUAUAAGAUUCCUCCCACCAUGUGAGCCAGGGACCCCGGAAGCCGCUGACACAGGUGCUCUGGAGGCAGCAUCAGGAAUUUCCUGCUGCUGCUACCGCCACUGCUGCAUGAUCUCCUCCACCACCAGAGAUGGCAGCCAGACUGCUCUGAACUUGAUCCCACAGUUUACCCCAACCUGCUCUUCGGUGUUUGAGGGUUGA